GUGAGUGGUGAAGCUGUGUGUGAUGCUGUCUACCAGGAGCUUGAUGAAGCUUACGGAGAGCUGGACACCUAUGUUCUGCAGCAGCAGGAAGACACCAGCAGACUCAGCAGACAACUGCAGCAGUGUGGCUGUGAUGAUUCCUGUGACCUGUCUGGACCUGUGCUGGCAUCAGACACUCAGUGGUUCACUGAUCCUUGUACACUCUGCACUACCACGAUGGGGGAGGUGGUGUGUCAGGUGCUUGAGCAAGCAGAGUGCCAAGACCCUUGCUCUGUUUCCAACUGUGCCAACGGUGCCACCUGUAUUGCUUCUCCAGGUGGCGGCAGCACCACCUGCAGAUGCGCAGCUGGCACGUCAGGAGACAGGUGCCAGCACCCCGCCCACACCUGCAGGCACCACCUGGCAGCACCCGUCUCCACCACCUGCCUCCAGCAACACUCCCGUUAUCAGGGGUACCAGCUGGAUCCUCUCACCUUCACCUGCCUUCACACCUACUUGUGUGAGAGCGAGGCAGAGAUGGCGUACUCUUCUGAGAGCGAGUGUGAGAGCUACUGCACCCUGGGUGUGUGCUGUGUGGUACCAGCACUUGCUAGCACCGACACUCCCUCCUGCAUGGAAGGUACAAUGGAGGAGUGUGCCAUCCUGGGCACUGCUGAGGAUGUGAUGCUGGUGUCUUACUCUCCCAACUCCUCAUCCCUCGAGCCUCCACCGCUACUCCACUUGCCAGGAGGGUGUGAGUGUAGGUCAGCAGCUGGAGGAGGAACACGUCAGGAAGUGACCAGCUUACACCCACAACUUCUGCAGCAGCUGAGCCAGACCUUCCAGCAGCUCCUCUCCAGUGGGUGGCUGCACAACUUCACCCUGGCUUAUGCCACCCACAUCAUGGCCGCCCACCAUCCUCGUGGGUGGCUGGGUGUCAACAGGGCGGCAGUGCGGGCGGUGGAGGCGGAACUUCAGCGAGUGGGCGGCUGUCAGCUAACACUACCUUACUGGGACUACACCACCCACGCCCACAACCUCGCAGAGAACGACGUGUGGCGGAAGUUCCCGGCAGCAACACGCAGUCACACACGUCUGGCAGCGGGUUUUCACAAGGCUGGCACUGUGGUGGACCUGGCACUGGCACUCAACCACCACGACUUUGAGGACAUGUCUGAGGCACUCUGGGUGGAGGUGUCGCGUGUGGUCACUGCCCUAGGUGGCACUCUCGCCUCUCUGGACGGACCUCUGGAUCCUCUCUUCUUCUUGUUGGCUUCCUUCGUGGAGAAGUUGUGGCAGAUGUGGCAGACACACCACCCACACCUGCCAGAGUAUGCCACACACCUGCUGCUCAGACCCUUCAAUGUGAGUCUAGGUGAAGUGUGGUCACCUGACUGGAGUUGUGGCACCUACGUGGAGUUGAGGUGGCCAGGGGAGUGUCUUGACCCUCCUGACGCAGUGACUGACGGAGAGCUUAUCAAGGUGACUGACGCCUUGCUCCACACCCUCUACGGUCAGCCCAAGGAAUUGUUGCAUCUGCUCCGAGUUGAAGAAGCGGGAAUACGUCGAGUGAGAGACGUACACGUCCAAAUGUACUCGUCGUCUGACGAGGCUGCCAGGAUGAGGGUGUGGAAGGCACUGACGUGGCAGACGUGGCUGAGGGAGGCAGACAGCAGCAUCCUGACCCACACACCUGUUUCUUCACCAGCUAGUGUGCCAGUCUCUGCAGGAGGCACUGUAGGAAGCACUGUAGGAAGCACUGCAGGAGGCCCUGCAGAAUACACUGCAGGAAGUACUGUAGGAGGCACUGUAAGAGGCACUGCAGGAGACACUGUAGGAGGCACCGCGGGAGGCACUGUAGGAGGCACUGUAGGAGGCACAGCAACAGGCACUGCAGCAGGCACUGCAGCAGGCACUGCAGCAGGCACUGCAGCAGGCACUGCAGCAGGCACUGCAGCAGGCACUGUAGGAAGCACUGUAGGAGUGCCUGGAUCUGGGGAUGAUACAGGUGUUUCUUUAGAAGAUGAUACAGGUGUUUCUGCUCCUGAGGAUGAUACAGGUGUUCCUGCUUCUGAGGAUGAUACAGGUGUUCCUGCUCCUGAGGAUGAUACAGGUGUUUCUUUAGAAGAUGAUACAGGUGUUCCUGCUCCUGAGGAUGAUACAGGUGUUCCUGCUCCUGAGGAUGAUACAGGAGUUUCUGCUCCUGAGGAUGAUACAGGUGUUUCUGCUCCUGAGGAUGAUACAGGUGUUUCUGCUCCUGAGGAUAAUACAGGUGUUCCUGCUCCUGAGGAUGAUACAGGUGUUUCUGCUCCUGAGGAUGAUACAGGUGUUUCUGCUCCUGAGGAUGAUACAGGUGUUCCUGCUGGAGAUGUUACAGAUGUUCCUGCUCCUGAAAGUGCAGGCGUUCCUACUUCUAAAUAUGACACAGGUGUUCCCGUUGGUGAAGAUGCAGAUGUUCCUGUUGAUGAAGAUGCAGGUGUUUCUUCUAUCUACCAUAUACAGGGUGUGGAGAGCCUGCGUGCGCUGAGUGGUGUGGUGGCCUGGUGGUGUGGCUGUGAGGUGGCCAGGCCACCCUGUGACCUACACCUUGUGGCCACUCUGGCCAAUUACUUGAGCCCCAGGGCCACCAGUGCCUCCAGGAGCCCCGUCAUCAACACCUGUGGAGGGUGUUCCAUCAUCUGGCCAACCUCUCCUGACACAGAUCCGUGUAUCAGUGCACCAUGUAUGAACGAGGGUGUGUGUGUGGCCACCCACAGUGGGCGGCGCCGCCCCUCCUACCGCUGCCUGUGUCCCACCACCCACAGUGGGCGGCACUGUCAGACACCCACUAAUACCAACUGCUUACUGCCCCCUGUCGUGGGUGAGUGUCCCCCGAGGGGGGUAGCAGAAGGAGGUAGGAGUCCCCAAGAGCGAUGGUACUACAGUCCCCAGGAUGGUUCCUGCGCCUCCUUCAGGUACUCUGGCUGUGGUGGGAACAGUAACAACCACGUCACCUACACCGCCUGCCUUGAUGCCUGCACCUCAGGCACCUGCUGUCACCACCUGCCACAGGUGCAGCCCAGGUACGGCAGUGUUGUGGAGGAGCUGAACACAACUGAUAACGUCAGCAUCAGUCUUCUAACAAAGGUUCACAGACGUCAUUCCAAAGGUGUCCUCCAGGAGGAGGAGAUGGAGCCUGACACCUGCAUGUGUUCCACACGGUACCUGUCUGACCACUGCACUGAUGCUGGACUCAGGUACCUGUCUGACCACUGCACUGAUGCUGGACUCAGGUACCUGUCUGACCACUGCACUGAUGCUGGACUCAGGUACCUUUCUGACUACUGCACUGAUGCUGGACUCUGGUAA